GCAAAGCGCACUGAAGCGGCUGCAGGCCUACGACAUCUGUACACGAGAGAGCAGACAACACUUGGUCACAAGAAGAAAGCAACUGGAGACAAUACAACAAUAGCCGUUGAGAAGAGAAUGCAUUCCUCAUUUAUGCUUCGACGCUUCUGCUGUUUCAAUGCAUCGAUUUCGUCUUCUGCUGUCAGCCCAUCUUUUAGAAAGAAGCCACUCGUCUUCUUGGGCUCUCCUCAGGUAUCUGUCACAGUGCUUGAUGCUCUUUUCAAUGCGUCUGCGGCUUCAGACUCCCUCUAUGAGGUUGCAGCGAUUGUUACGCAGCCACCUUCUGCAAGAGAUAGGGGAAGAAAGGUGACGCCUUCCCCUGUUGCACAGCAUGCCCUGGACAGAGGCUUCCCUUCUGAUCUCAUUUUCACACCCGAAAAGGCUAGAGAGGAGACAUUCUUGUCUAAGUUAAGUGCUUUGCAGCCAGAACUUUGCGUUACAGCAGCAUAUGGAAAUAUUUUACCUAACAAGUUUCUCAAAAUUCCACAAUUGGGGACUGUCAAUAUACACCCAAGUCUGCUGCCUCUUUACCGUGGUGCUGCGCCUGUUCAAAGAGCAUUACAGGAUGGUGUUAAAGAAACGGGAGUAUCAUUAGUGUUCACUAUCCGUGCAUUGGAUGCUGGGCCUGUCAUUGCUUGUGAGAGAUUGGAGGUUGACGAUCAUAUUAAGGCACCGGAUUUACUUGCGCUUCUAUUUGCUCAAGGGUCUAAACUUCUUAUCCAGGAGAUUCCUUCAAUAUUUGAUGGAUCGGCAAGGAUGAAAGCACAACACCAAGAUGAUUCUAAAGCUACUUUAGCUCCGAAGAUAACUCCCGAGGAGUCAUGGCUGUCCUUUGAUGAUGAUGCUCUAGUCCUACAUAAUAAGGUUCGGGCAUUUGCUGGGUGGCCAGGCACUCGAGCUAGAGUUCAAGUCUUUGAUGGGAAAAAUGGUCAGCCCAAUGUCCUAGAGCUUAAGAUUAUCACUACCAGAGUUUGCAAUGAUAAAAAUGCGCGGGGUAAUGAAGUAGAUGAUGUCACUUUCAACAAAGUUGCAUUGGUCUUCCCAUGUGGUCGAUGUACGGCACUUGAGGUAUUGGAAGUUCAGCUUCCUGGUAAGAAAGUGGUAAAUGCAGCUGCCUUUUGGAAUGGAUUGCGAGGUAAAAAGCUGAAGAGAUUAUGAGAAAGGUGGCAUUCCUUCUAUAGCUAACAGCGCAAGAUGAAUCUGACUGGAUCAGGUGAAUUUGAUCAUUUCCCUGUUUCUUUCUUGUUUUUCUGUUCACCAGUUCUAAAAAUUCUUGUCCAUUAUUUACGAUUCAAUGUACUCAUAAUUUUGUUGAAAGAAGAGCUAUUCUGGUUGCGUUACCA